UGGUUCGGGGAAUGGAAAGACUCAAGGAGCCAAUAGACAAAUGGGACACCCCCUUAACAAGCUUGAUUAUGUUCAAAAUGGAGGCUACUAGUUUAUUGGCAUGGGAACUAGCUUCAGCAGAUACAAAAAACGAUACAUAUCAGGGACUAAUCGAAUUUUGCGAAAAACGAAUCAAAGUGCUAACCAAUUCCAAAAUAUACAAUGUGCGGACUAUCGAUACGAGACCAGCCAAGGUGAUGAGUAACACGCGAACGCCUGUUGUACGUAAAGAAGCUAGGUUUAAUAUAAAAGGAACUCCUACGAUGGCACAUGUAGAACAAACGGAUGAAAGGUUUAAGACAGAAUGCCCGGUGUGCAAAGAAGAGCAUACUUUGUUCAAGUGUUCGAAAUUUGAGAGCAUGGGUCUCGAGCAACGGCUCAAUAUAGUAAAGGAAAAAUUUUUGUGCUACAAUUGUCUUAAGCGAGGACACGGAGUGCGUCAGUGUAGAUCGUCUUAUCGUUGCGUUCAAUGUAAAAAGCGCCACCACACCAUGCUAUGCAGCCGACCAAAGGAAGCAUCAGUAGCAGUACCACCAGUCGUAAAUGCCACUAUGCACAACAGGAAUUUAGAGAAGCGAAAGACUAUUUGGCUUUCUACAGCCCAAGUGCUUCUGUUAGAUUCAUGCGGUAAAGAAAUUCCUCCAGGGCAUUAUUGGACAUGGGAGCCCAGUCCAAUUUCAUGACGGAAAGAUUGGCUCAACAAUUGGGACUGAGUAGACAGCGGAUGCUAAGCUCGUUAUCUGGAGUAGGUGCAAUGGCAUUAACAGCAAAUAGUAUGGUAACGGCAACAGUAAGAUCAAGAGUGUCAAGGUUUUCUGCAGUACUAGACUUUGUUGUGUUACAACGGGUAACGGCAGAUGUUCCGGCUCUGACAGUGAAUGUUGAUCGAUGGAAUAUUCCAAGUGGGGUGAGAUUAGCAGAUCCUACAUUCUUUAAGUCGGAAAGGGUAGAUCUAUUAAUUGGAGCUGAGUUGUUUGCGGAUCUAUUAGAAAAGGGCCAUAUUAAGGUUGCACCUCAUUUGCCAAGCCUGUUAAAGACCAAAUUUGGGUGGAUUGUGAGCGGACCAAUGCGAGACAGCAUCGAGUACAGUAACAACAGUGUUUUGUGUCAUUGUGUCCAAGAAGAGAAUCUGAUCGAUUUAAUGAGACAUUUUGCCGCCCUUGAAGACAUUCCUCAAGAAAGGGAAACAUCAGAAGAAGGCUUGAGUUGUGAAAGGUUCUACUGCGAUACUACGAUCCAAAACGAAGAAGGUAGAUACGUGGUACAGUUGCCAAAGGUGAGAGAAUACGAAAAACAAUUGGGAGACUCAAAGGAAACCGCGUUGAGGCGAUUUUUAUCGAUUGAACGGCGACUGAAGAAAGAUGAAGCCAUGAAAAAGGAAUACGUAGAGUUUAUGGAAGAAUACGAACAGUUAGGUCACAUGACGAAGGUGGCGAGCUACAAUAAUGUUGAAUUGGAAGUUGGAAAGGACUAUUAUUUGCCUCAUCACGCAGUCUGGAAAAGGGAAAGUACCACUACUAAGUGUAGAGUGGUGUUCGACGCUUCGUGUAAGUCUAGUUCUGGGCGAUCACUGAACGACAUUUUGCUGACUGGUCCAACAAUUCAAGAAGAUAUUAUUCCAAUUCUGUUACGUUUUCGAAUGAAGAAAGUGGCAUUAGUCGCAGACGUAGCCAAAAUGUAUCGUCAAGUUUUAGUAGCGAAAGAAGACAGAAAGCUGCAACGUAUUCUAUGGAGGAAAGAAAGCGAAGAACCUAUUUCCGUGUAUGAGCUGAAUACUGUGACUUAUGGCACAGCGUGUGCACCAUUUCUCGCCAUAAGAACUUUGCUACGAGUGUUUGAAGACUAUGGUCGUCACUAUCCAGAGGCUUUGAAGAGUAAGGAUGAUUUUUAUGUUGAUGAUCUUGUAUCAGGUGCAGACUCUAUCGAAGAAGCAAAACAAAUAGCAAAGCAGUUAGAUGAGCUUAUGAACAAAGCAGAAUUCAGCCUUAGAAAAUGGGCUUCAAACUACCCAGAAACGCUAGAAGGUAUUCCACAACAAAGGCAAUGUGAAUCAGUUGCAGUUGAGCAAGCCAGCAAAUCAUCAAUAUCCCUUUUGGGGCUAUUAUGGACUCCAAGAUCUGAUAGCAUGCAACUGAACAUAAAGGGGAUAGAACAACAAACUAGCUACUCCGGGAAGCAAAUCUUAUCGUGUAUUGCUCGUAUGUACGAUCCGCUGGGAAUCAUAGAUCCUGUAAAGAUGAAAGCAAAGAUGUUCAUGCAGCGUGUGUGGUCGUACAAAGAGUCACGAGGCUCUGGUAGGAACUGGGAUAAUCCCCUCCCUGAUGAGCUGCAAGUAGAAUGGAAGAACUUUUACGCGGAGUUGAAGCAUUUAAGUGAUGUUAGUGUUCCGAGAACAGUGAUCGAUAGAGCAGAGGACAAUUAUCAGAUACACAUAUUUUGUGACGCCUCAGAGAAAGGCUACGGCGCUUGUUGCUAUAUCCGUAGUCGGAAUAGUCAUUCAGGAGAAAUAGUGGUCAGAUUAUUCAUAUCAAAGUCAAAGGUAGCGCCUCUUUCAAAAAAACUCACCAUUGCAAGGCUUGAACUGUGUGGGGCAUUACUAGCAAGCAAUCUGUACCAGUUAGUGCAACGUGCGGUUGCCAAAGAAGUUACAUGCUACAUGUGGACAGACUCGAUGACGGCAUGGUAUUGGAUAAACUCUCCUAGUGACAGGUGGAAACCCUUUGUGGCAAAUAGAACAAGAAGGAUUCAAGCGAAAACUCAGAACUGUAUAUGGAAACACAUUCCUGGUGUUGACAAUCCUGCAGACUUGGUAUCCAGAGGAACUGAUGCCAAGGCUCUAAUUGAUGCAAGGCAAUGGUGGGCGGGGCCCUCAUGGCUCCCCUUAGACGAGGAUAUGUGGCCAAUUUCACCGAAUCAAAAACCGAUAACCACAGACGAGGAACGAACAUCAGUGUUACUAGUCUCUUCACCGGUUGAAGAGUCUUUUAGUGAUAGGUUGUUCGAGCGCUGCUCAACAUACAUCUCUCUACGCAAAGGUGUUGGUUAUUGGUUACGAUAUUUAAACAUCUUGCGUGCUAGAAGAAAAGGUGUCAAACCUCCAGGGCAUACCAGCAGUGGUCUAAGUACGGAAGAAUUGGUAGAAACUGACAAGUUCUUAUACCGGCUUGCACAGAAGGAUCAGUUUUCAGAAGAGUUUAAGGCAAUGUUAGCAAAGAAAUGUGUACCAAGAACUUCUCCCUUACGGUUCUUGAAUCCGUUUAUAGAUGAUCAAGGCCUAAUGCGUGUUAACGGACGUUUAGCCAACUCACAGCUUGAUAGUGACAUGAAACAACCGAUACUUAUCCCGAAAAACCACCGUUUAACGAGCUUGUUAGUACAGCAUUAUCAUCUAAGGCUCUUACAUGCGGGUCCACAAUUGAUGAUUUCCACCAUAAGGCAAAGUUUGUGGAUCAUAGGAGUGAGAUCGGUAGCUAGAAGUGUUUACCACAAGUGCAUGCGUUGCUUUAAGGUAACUCCAAAACACAUCAAUCAACCCAUGGGAAACUUGCCUCCGAGCAGAGUAACCGAGGCCAGGGCAUUUGCAGUGUCCGGUGUCGACUAUGCUGGUCCGGUUUACGUCAAAGAAAGGCAUCGCAGAGCAGCACCAACGAAAGCAUUUGUGGCGGUGUUCGUGUGCUUCGUGACACACGCAGUGCACUUGGAGCUUGUAUCGGAUCUGAGUACGGCUGCAUUUAUCUCCGCGCUAAGAAGGUUUGUCGCUCGGAGAGGUCUGGUAUCAGAACUAUACUCAGACAACGGAACCAACUUUAAAGGCGCCUCGAAUGAACUGCACCAGUUGUACCAGCUCCUUCAAUCAACCCACCAUCGAGAAGCCGUAACUGCCUGGAGUGCUGACAAGGGAUUCAAAUGGAAGUUCAUACCGCCCCGUGCACCACAUUUCGGAGGUCUAUGGGAGUCAGCUGUGCGGUCCAUGAAACACCAUCUCCAGCGAGUUCUUGGAACAGCAUCUACAUCGUUUGAAGAUUUGGUGACGUUGUUGGCAGAAAUCGAGUUAUGCCUGAAUUCUCGGCCAAUAACACCGUUAUCACAUGAUCCAUCUGAUUUGCAAGCACUAACCCCAGGUCACUUUCUUACUGGUUACCAUUUGCAGGUUAUUCCUGAUAUCGCAUUGAAGGACAUUCCGGAGAACCGUUUAAACCACUGGCGCGUGGUACAAAAACGUUUGCAACACUUCUGGGCGAGGUGGAGUACCGAGUAUUUACAACAGCUCCAUGCCAGAAGCAAGUGGAAUUGCGAAGCAACCGAGAUCAAACCUGGAAUGGUGCUGUGUAUCAUCCGCGUUUUUCAAACGCCGGAUUUCCUCGACGAAAACGUCUCGCUGAGCUAA